AUGACGCGGGAUUUUGACGAACUGGUCAACAUCGCUGCUAGCGAGGGUGGCAAGCCGCACGCUGACAGCGUCGUCGAGGUCAGGCGGGCGAUUGAAAGUGUGCGCCUGGCGGCAGCUGAGGCCAGUCACGACGAGGGGGACGUGAUACCGCUCAAUAACAGUCCAAUGACGGCGGGUCGACUGGCUUUUACCCAACUUGAGCCGAUCGGUCCGGUUGUUGCUGUUAGCGCGUUUAAUCAUCCGCUGAACUUGAUUGCGCACCAAGUCGCACCCGCGAUCGCGGCCGGCUGCCCGAUAAUAGUGAAGCCUGCCGAAGAUACGCCGUUGUCUUGUUUCGCCCUGAUUGAGCGGUUGGUGGAGGCUGGCUUACCGCCGCAAUGGGCUAUUCCCAUGGUGACCGAUACGCUUGAUACGGCAACCGCGCUAGUGACCGAUCCACGGGUAUCUUUUUUCAGCUUCAUCGGUAGCAGUCGGGUGGGUUGGAUGCUUCGCAGUAAGCUGGCCGCUGGUACUCGAUGCGCGCUGGAGCACGGUGGCGCGGCACCGGUGAUUAUUUGUGAGGACGCUGAUUUUGAUGCGGCCUUGCCAAGCUUGUUGAAGGGUGGUUUUUACCAUGCUGGCCAAGUUUGCGUUUCGGUGCAGCGAGUAUUUGCGCCGACCGCACAGGCCGAUGCUUUGGCUCAGGCGCUAGCGGACGGAGCAAACGCACUGAUGGUUGGCGAUCCACUUGCUGCGAGGACUGACGUUGGUCCCUUGAUUCGGCAAGCUGAGGUUGACCGGGUCGACCAGUGGGUAUCUGAGGCGGUAGCCGCCGGCGCUAUCUUGCUCACCGGCGGCAAGACACUCGAUCACCAGAGCUAUGCACCGACCGUGUUGCUCAAUCCUCGCACUGACAGCGCAGUAAGUACUCAAGAGAUUUUUGGUCCGGUUGUUUGCGUGUACUCGUACGACAAGCUCGAUGAGGCCAUUGAGUUGGCCAAUGACUUACCGUUCUCUUUUCAGGCCAGCGUGUUUACCGGUCAGAUUGACCAGGCGUUGGCGGUCAGUCGACAACUUCGAGGCUCGGCGGUGAUGGUCAACGACCAUAGUGCCUUCCGCCACGAUGCGAUGCCAUUCGCUGGUCUGGAUGCUUCGGGAUAUGGUGUCGGUGGUAUCGGUUACACCCUACACGAUAUGCAAAUCCGCAAGAUGACAGUGAUCAAAUCACCAUCGCUGGCGCAAUAG